AUAAAAGUUCUCUGCCCAGAAAACAGACGGGAGUCUAGCUAAAGAUCUCCUAACGGAAUAAUUAUCAAUUAUUAACAACUCACAGCUCCAGGAUCUACAUCUAUAAAGUAUGUUGUCUCUGAUACAGCUUGUUGUGUUCUUGAUAACUCUAACUUCUGUAUGCUGCCAUUAUGAAGUCAACCCACUGAGAUCCUUCAAACACGAAAGAGCAACUGUGAAUCUAGAACCAUCCAUUGGGCUUACUUUGUCCCAUCACGCACUAAACAGAAGUGGAGAUUGGCUUACUGUGUAUUGGAGUGGUGUUGACAAGCCGAGCAGCCUCGAUUGGGUUGGCCUGUGGGUACUGCCAGACAAUGCUACUGACAUCAACUCAAAGACACAAGCACCUGUCAAAUAUCAGUAUUGCAAUGUCUCAAACACUCACAUGGAUUGGGGCUUUGGAAAGUUCAAAUUUUACCUUGUAAACAUGCGUGGAGUGAAUCGCUUUGGAUUUUUUAGAGGAGGUUUUGAUAAACCCACUAUGGCUGCUGUCUCUAAACCGAUCAGCUUCAAAAAUCCCAAUGAACCACUACACGGUCAUCUUGCUCUCACCAACGACAUUACUGAGAUGGUCUUAAUGUGGGUGACUAGGGAUGCAACUGCUCCUCAAGUGAAGUGGGGCACUACAAGCAAGCAGUACACAGUCAUGAAGAAUGCGGUGAGCUCCACUUACAAAGCCACUGACAUGUGUGCUUCUCCUGCAAGGGACUAUGGAUGGCUAGAUCCUGGAAUGAUCCAUAAGGUUACACUGGAAAAACUUGAGCCACAAACCAAAUAUUUUUACAUCUUUGGUGAUGCUGCUUAUGGUUGGAGUGAAGAGUACAGUUUUACGUCAGCUCCUGAAACUGGACCAAACGUUAUAACAAGAGUAUUAGCAUUUGGAGACAUGGGUCAUGGUGAGAAAGACGACACUCGACAAGUGCGUAAACUAGAGCAGCCCUCCCUGGACACUACAAGGAACCUGAUCAGUGAGAUGGGAGCCCACGACCUCAUCAUUGAUGUUGGAGACAUAAGCUAUGCUGAUGGUUACGAACCCAUUUGGGAUGAGUACUUUGACCAAGUCAAGACACUGCUGGCUGGGCUGCCUUGUAUGGUCAACCCUGGAAACCAUGAGAGCGACUCUCCCAACUCGGAUGCUUACUGGCAGGAGAAUGAUUCUGGAGGAGAGUGCAAUGUCCCUUAUGUCAACAGAUUUGCCAUGCCAACUCCUGGUCCCCAGCAGCCAUGGUAUGGGUUUGAUUUUGGCUGCAUCCACGUUGUGAUGAUGAGUACUGAGCACAACUUCACCAGCACCUCACCCCAACACACCUAUCUUUUAGAUCAUCUCAAGCGUGUUGACAGAACAAAAACUCCCUGGCUGAUAUUUGCAGGACACAGGCCCAUGUAUAUAGAUAGUUCCAAUGAGACUGAGCCUUCAGGGCAGAUACCAGUAUCAAAGCUACUGAUACAACAUAUUGAACCAUUGCUGGUGACUUACAAGGUGGACAUUGCGUUCUGGGGUCAUCACCACACCUACCAGCGUAUGUGUUCAGUGGUGAAUGGCGUCUGUCAGGAAGGAGGAGGAGCUCCAGUGCACGUUGUCAUGGGAAUGGCAGGCAGAGCUCUUCUUCAUGAUCUCAGACCAACCCCUCCAAGUUUUGUUGAAGUACUAGAUGAGUUGCACUGGGGCUACACUCGGUUUGAAGCCAAUGCAACAACACUGGUGUUCGAGUACAUCCACAAUGACGGAACACUAUUUGACCAUAUUAUUCUUAACAAAAUGAAUUAAUUUGUUUUUGUUAUAGAUUUGCUGCACAGUACAUGUACAUGUAUGGUGCAUGUGUAUUUUUGUACAUGUAUGGUGCAUGUGUAUUUUGUACAUGCAUGUGUAUUUUUGGUGUGUA